UCGACUGAGGAGCAAUUUACACAUUGGUGACAUGACAUAUAUGUAAUUCAAUUCAAUUGUAUUUAGUAGCAGAAAGUAAUAUUAAAAACGCUAUAACCGUUGAAUGAUUUAUUACAAAAUUGUAUUAAAUCAGGAACAAUCAUGGCCUUAAUAAUUGAAAAUCAAAAAAUUCUUGAAUUUCUUGAACUUGUUGGGCGUUUGAAGCACGUAAAAAGAACUGGUUGGGUGCUAUGCAAUAUUGAGGAUUGUGAAUCGAUCGCCGGACACAUGUACCGUAUGGGUCUUAUGACUUUUUUGCUCACAGAAGAAAACAAUCCUACUAAAUUGGACCGCUUUAAAUGCCUACAAAUAGCAUUAGUUCAUGAUCUUGCUGAGUGUAUUGUUGGUGACUUAACACCACACUGUGGAGUAUCUCCCGAGGAAAAAAAAAGACAAGAAGAUGAAGCCAUGAAAAAAAUUGCUGAGCUCACUGGCAUAGCUGGUGAUAGGAUGUACGACUUAUAUAAGGAAUAUGAAAACCAAACUUCUCCUGAGGCCAAAUUCGCCAAAGACUUAGACCGUUAUGAUAUGAUUUUACAAGCAUUUGAAUAUGAGAAACGAGAAAAUGCACCAAAGAAAUUGGAGGAAUUUUUCAAGGCUACUGAAGGAAAAUUCAAUCACCCAUUUAUAAAAGAUUUAGUUAUAGAACUGUAUAGACAAAGAGAUGAAUUUGAGAAGAAAUGCCUUCUUAAUGGAAAUGCCUAAUUUAUUUUUCUACAGACACAUGUAAAAUCUGAACUAAGUUAUGUUUGCUUAUACAGAAAAUGUUGUGUCUCACACACAACUUGAACAAUCGUUGCAUAUAUUAUUUGAUUUUAAAUUGUAAACGGAAAAGCCAAGGAAAGUGUAUAUUGGAUUUAUAUGCACUAAAUGUAAACAAGUUAUAUUCAUGCUACUAGUUGUUAGCAAUACUAGAUAUUUAUCAUAUAAUAGUUUCUAGUUUCAAGCCGAUCAUAGGCUCUUCUGCUGGGUGUGUGGAACUGGAUAAGUUGUGUGAGAGUCAGACGUUUAUAUUUAGUGUAAAUAAUAUCACUCGAAAGUUUAAAAUACUUAAUUGAACUUAUUGGCAUUGUCUUUGAGUAUUUUCAUAAAUAGUAUUCAUAAAAAAUGUAGGCGCCCAAAUUCAUAUAAUUUUUUGCACAAUUUUGAAGAUUUUAAUCAAGUUGUUUUCUGAAUGCUACAUUUAAGUUUACAGAUUAGUAGGACAUGGAAUAUACAUCUCGAUGUGUGAGUAUUAGAUAAUUAAUAUCACCUGUUUAGCAUUAAAAAUGUUUUUUUUAUUUUGUUACCUACUAGCAAGGCUAGAAACAAAUUAGUGUUUAUAUUGUUAAGUUCUAAUUGUUUUGUUUUAAUUCUAUUUAGCGCUUAUUAGUUUAUUUUCAAGGAAUCUCCUUGGUAGAUUUUUUAUUAUUUCACACUGCAAAUGUUCCAAUACAUAAGUAUAAUUUAUUUUUAAGAAGCUAUAAAAGGGGUAUAUAGUAUUAUUUACUAAUCGUAGAACUGAUAAGCCUAAAGAGUCGUAAGUUAAGUUCUAUAUGACAAAUCUUGUACUCUUGUGUAUCUUAACCAAAAAUUUAAAAAUCCUGGCUUGAAGGUGUUUCAUUCAUGUACUUUAUUACACUAAACUAAAUUAAAUAAGUAAAUAUAGUAUGUACCCACAUUUAUAUUGGCUUAUAUUGUUAACUAAGUAAUUGGUUUGCAAGUAUCACUGAUUUUCUUGAACAAAUUUUACUAUUUGAAUAGUAUAUGCGCAAUUUUAUUCUGUGUGUGUGUCUUUAUUCAGUGCAAUGAAUAUGCAAUAAUAUAAUCUUAUAUAUUUGCAAAAAUUAUUUUAUACUGUAUUCCAAGUAUAUAUACCACUUCAUUUAAGUAUUAAGUAGUAUUGUGUAUGAUUUUUUAUGUGCCAAAGUUCUUGAAUUUCGUUCAAUGAAAGUUCAUGAGUAUAUAAAUCCUAAUUAAAGCAUUUUGGUGCUUGUUACUAUAUUAAACUCAAACCAAUGACGAAUCCAGGGCUGUAAUUGGUAGGUCAUCACACAUUUUGUAAUUAUAUUUAGAAUUAUGUAUG